UGUUUCCCCACUCUCAUUAUUAUUGGAUCGAUCCCAUACAUCUCUAGAAGAUGGCUUCAAUGUCUUCUCUGCAGACAAUCUUUCAAGCAAAACCAAAAAGUUCUUCUCCUCUUUAUGGUGUCUGCACUCCAUCAACAGCAUCACCAGCAGGCUCCACAGCUCUUUCAUGGAACAAAAGUGAGAAGAACAAGAAGAAGGUGAGGCCUCUAACCGUGGUGGCUGCAGUCGGAGAUGUGUCAGCAGAUGGCACUGCUUACUUGAUCGCUGGAGCAGCAGCUGUGGCUCUACUUGGAACUGCCUUCCCUAUCCUUUUCUCCCGAAAAGACUUAUGUCCUGAGUGUGAUGGGGCAGGGUUCGUUCGAAAGUCAGGGGUGACCUUAAGAGCAAAUGCAGCAAGAAAAGAUGAGACUCAGAUCGUUUGUGCUCGUUGCAAUGGCCUUGGCAAGCUCAAUCAAAUUGAUAAAGUUUAACUACCCUUUCUUUGUGCUCUCUCUCUUUCUACUGUAAUGUUCAAUAUAUAUUUAUAAGAACACGAGUUUAUAAUCUCUAAAUCUAUUUCACUAUCUAAAAUUUACAAAUUCCUAUCACACAUUUCUCUUGAUAUAUUAAUCUAAGUUUUUCUUCUUCA